AUGUUCGUCGAGAAUGUCACAGACGACAGUUCUUCCAUGGUAGUGCGAGGGCAUCAGGAAGGAGUCUGGUUGCGGCUGGAGCCGGGCUCACUGUCUGGGCAGGUAGCAGGUCCGGUCAGCACUGCCUUCUGGUUACAUGCGCGGGUUGGGUAUUGCAGGCGGUCAUCUGCCGACGACGGAAAAGCGAAACGAGCAAUUCGCGAAAUUGAGCACGGCAGGGUUAUGAUGAAAUCGAGAGAUUUGGUCGAAAGGGCGAACGAGAUGUUAUGGCACCGCCAGGGCCUUUGCGCCCUUGACUGGAUGACGGAAGGCCGCACGAAACUUUUGACACAGCUGAGCCAAGUACGAGUGUACUUUCCCACGUGUCGGUUUUAUUUCUUUUGUUUCGACUACAAAGCCAAGAGCUCCAUCACAUCACUUCCGCCGACGUCAAUCCGACCCCACGCCGGCAACACCGACAAGUGA